CGUCUUCUUUCCCAAGCUAAUGCACUUUCCGAUUCCGAUGUCGACUGAGUGGUUAUUUUGCUUCAAUUUAUAUCCGCGUCUGUUCAUCUAAUCUGUGCGCAAUCCGUUGAUUUUCACAUUAAUCGUCGUUGAUUGUGACCGCGUCGAAAGCUGGAACUAUUGAUUUGUAGCUUAGGGUUUUCCUUUAUGAGAGAAAUCUCAUAGCAAUCGAACCAGAAAAUGCCUUCGCUGCCUUUCACUGCAAUCUAUCUUCUCCUAAUAUGCCCAUACGAGAACCGCUUCUAUGGUGUUUUGUGUUCUCAUCGUCUGAAGCCUCUCGAGAAGAAUCACAGGCGUAAUAGUCAUAGUUAACAGUUGCUUUCCUUUUUAUUGCUUCGUUGUUACAGCUUAAGUUGAUUAGUUUCUGGUAAUUUUGUUGACGGGUUUGAGGAGGAUCUGGCAACUUUCAUUCAUCACUGGAAGGCAACACUUGAGCAUAUUUGUCAUUUACAAGUAUUAGAUCCACCUAGCACUCUUUCUAAUUGAUGGACAUUUGUGCAUGUUGCAAUAAGUCAGCUUCUGAAAAUGUAAGGCACUCUGGUCUGUUGCCUGGGAGUCUUCCUUUUUGUGAAGACAAUAUUGCUCUAGACUUUGGUGUGGAUGAUAUCAGGAACAAUUUGAGUGAUCUAGUCAUUAUUCAGGAGGAUCAACAGCUGCAUAAUACAACUGCUUCAAAGUUCUCAAAAGAUGAUGGGUUGGAAAGUACCCCUGACAGUCGCACAGGCAGUUUGGCUUCAAAAAAAUGCCUUGUCAAGUCUGCAAUGUUUCCCAACUUCACUAAGUGCUCUCCUGAUGUGUCAAUUAAUCAAAGAAAAAAGCAGGGAAUGAGUGAUGUAACUGCUGAACCUGUGGUUCCUAAUGGUGAUGCAAAUUCUGCUCAGCUUUCUAUGCACUCUAAAUCUUCGCUAAGUCCCACGAAGCUGGUAUCUGCUAUGAAGGGUAGCCGUGAGAAGCAAGGGAAAAUACCCCACAAGAUACUCCGUGUGAAAUGGGCACCUGAUGUGUAUGAUCCAGUCCCAACAUCAGUGUCUCAUGUGCCAACAAACAAACCUCAACGCCACAAGAGUGAUGGCAAGAAGAAUGGGAAGAAGAAUAAACAUAAGAGCCUUGGGAAGUCGUCACGGGCCAACAAGGGGAAAGAGAAGAAGCAAGGUCGGAAGUAUGGUGGGAGCUCCGAAAGAGGUUUUUAUCCAUUUGAUGACCACCACACCAUAGCCAUUUCUUCACGUGAACGUCCUACUAGUACUGUGGAUUUGGAUAUCGACAGCCCAGAUAGGCUAUGUGGAAGUAGUUUUCUCAAGAACUCUGUAACGAAGCUGCACGUCCCAUUCGCAGAGGCUACAUGAGUAAGAGUUGCCUUUUAGCUUUUUUCCUGGUAUCCCUUUCAGUUUUUUCCCCAAAGCUUCCCCAUCUGUAAAUAAAUAAGAACGGGGUGUGACACCUUUGGUUAUCACUUGUGUGAACAUAGUUUGUGUUUGAGUUGUAUUUUGCCCGUUGCACUAUCAAACAGCAUCUCAUAUUCUGCUCGCUGGUUUAAAGCAUUCUUCCAUAGCUUGUUUUAAUGAAAGUGCAAUGGGAGAAAGGCCAAAGUAGAACUAAAACAAUGAAAAUAUACUAAAAUAGAACUUCUAUGUUUUU